CAUGGCUUGUCACUCUUGCGACAUAGUGUACGGCACGAAAAACAGGCGGAAUGAUUAAAUGCAGCCUUGCACAUAAGUCAGAAUUAAUUCGGUGCAAAUCCUACAUACUAGGGCACCUCACAGAGAAACUACCACAAUCAGUUAACGCAAUCUUAACCUCCAAAGUUUCUGAAAAAGCAAGGCCUUCGGCACUCUUCGCUCGUGACCGUCGACCCUUCGUGACCACCGCCUCUCUGUGAACUCCAGUAUGACUUCGACCACCAUGAUGCGCCAGGUGCAGGCGGUCUCCACUUGCCCCAGCGUCCGCUCUCCUGUUCCGACCGUUGCCCUGGCGCGACCUGCGCGUCGCCAGCUCCCUGCGGGCGGCUUCGCGGGUCCCAAGUCGUCACAACACCGUCCUCAACUCCGUGUAUUCUCCCAAAAGGAUGAGCACAAGGUUGAGCCUAGCACCAAUCCGCCCCCGCCUACUGAGUCAGCUGCUGAGAGCCCAUUUUUCGAGCCGCUGCUACGCGGCCUGGUCCUGGGUGUUGGGGCUGGCGUCCUGUGCGAAAUGGCUCACGUUGCUUUCAAGUUCACCAACAUUGCUACCGACGGUGGCUCACACUUUCCAAGUGGUGCUCAAAUCUACGAGCAGCUAGCGCCACUCUUCGUCUGGGACCACGCUGUGGCCAUCACCUUCUGGUUUGUAUUCUACAUUAUCGAGGCCGCUGCCAUCCUUGCCAUCCUGCGCGAGUACCCUGACGACAAGCAGGCGUCCAAGGUGAUUGGCUCCACCAUCACGCUGCCAAAGCGCCUGAUGCCGCUCAAGCUGUCCUCCGUCAAGAAGGCGCUGCACACCCUCGUCAGCGGCCGCUCGCUUCAGCUCGCUCGCCAGGGUGCGGCCCCCAUGGCCUACCGCGGCGGCUCCUCGGGCGGUGCGGCGGUGCUGGAGAAGCCGCGGCCCGUGCCCACUCCCAGGCCGCUCAACGCCCCCAAGGUGACGGUGGUGGAGGAGGAGGAGAGCAAGACGGAGGGCGGCAAGACUGCCCAGGAGGGGGGACCCGCAUGCAAGGGUCGUGCUGCUGCGGUGCGCGGCGGUUCCCUGUCUGCCGAGUUCCGCCGUGCCGCCGGUCUGCGCCCCGGCCAGCUGAGCCCGGACAGCCCGCUGUUUGACGGCAAGACACCCGUCAACCCUAAGGACAUUGCAUCCGCCAAGCGCGAGAAGGAGCUGCGGGACCGCAAGGCCUACCUGCAGAACUUCUGGUAUGCAGCAGCCGUGUCAGAGAAGGUGACCUCGAAGCCCAUGCGAGUGGACAUCCUGUCCCGUACCGUGACCAUCUGGCGUGGCGAGGACGGCAAGGUGCACUGCCUGGACGACGUGUGCCCCCACCGCGGCGCCCCGCUCAGCAGCGGCUGGACCAAGGAGAAGAACGGCAAGAGCUGCGUCGUCUGCCCCUACCAUGGCUGGACGUUCAACGGAGAGGGUGCCCUGGAGGAGGUGCCCAGCCAGCAGACGCACCUCGCCUUCCCGCGCCGCCCGCUGGUGGACUCCUACCCCGUGGAGGAGCGCGGCGGCUUCGUGUGGCUGUUCUUCGGCGCCAAGGGGCUGCCCGCGGACGAGCGGCCGCCGCUGCCGCUGGUGCCGGAGCUGGAGGACCCCAACUGGCGGGCGGUGUACGGCGAGAUGGAGUUCGAGAGCCCGCACUGGCCGGUGUUUGAGAACGCCAUGGACUUUGCGCACAUCCAUUACGUGCACGACGGCUCCUUCGGCAACCAGGACAAGCCCACCCUCAACGACAUGACCGUCACCCGGGACACCUGGUCCGUCAGCGCCAACUUCAACAUCCACAACAAGCCGGUUAACCCGCUGUGGAACUUCACCAAGGUGCCCUCCGUGCCCGUGGAGGCGCGCGCCUUCCUGCCCUCCACCAGCUCGGUCAAGAUCACACUGGGAGGCGGCGUCCAGAUGAUCACGUACGUCAACACGGUGCCCAUUGACGAGCACCGAACCAUCAACCGCUUCUGCCUGAUCCGUAACUUCGCCACCUCGCCCCUCUUCGACGCCUACACCCGCAAGAACAUGUACAAGAUCCUGACUGAGGACAAAGUGAUGAUUGAGAUGUUGAAGCCCGAGCAGCUGCUGAACGAGGUGAGCCUGGAGGCUGACAAGCCGCAAAUCGCCUUCCGCAAGCUGCGCCAGGAGUGGCUGGACAUGGGCUACGGGGUGCAGCCGGAGGCCAACGCGCGACACACCGGCUCGCUGCGUGUCGACAUGUAAGCGCUCUCUGACACACGCACACCUCGUGUCAUCAACGGAGGGCGACAGUACAUGCGCCUUCACCUCAUCAUGACGUCGGCCGCUUUGGCGGCGGCUGUGCGAGCGAUUGUGUCCUGGCUUGAGCAGGGUUAUCACUUUUGAGGCAGUCCUGGCGGGCGCAAACGGCAGGUAGCGGUGGGGAUGGGUCGACACGGGACAGCUGCAUGGGUUCAUUAUUGCUUCAUUCGACUGUGUUGCGAGCGGGCGGCACGCGCCUAGGCAUCGCCAUUUAUGAGAUUGCUCGUGCGUUUGGCUGAGCAUAUGGCGCCGUACAACAUCUGCGCUUUGUGUGGGUUUGGAGAUUGGUUCGGCAGCGAGUUUGGCUUUGGGUAUUGCUGAAAGGCACCUACAAUUUACCGUGCCUGGUCAGGGUUGAUGAUUUGGUGUACAUUUAAGGAAUGGGGGUGCAAUCAAAUUGGGCAUUGGAAAAUUACGAAAGCAGGAAGAUAUGUGUUGAAGAAAGCUUUGCAAUAUGUUGGCGACGAGGUGUGUCCUUGACGCUGAUUGGGUUCGGUCAACGCUGGCUUUCUAUCGUCGUGCAACAACAUGUGUUCCGACGUAGGUCAUGCCACGCGUAGGUCAUGACAGGCGGGCACACGCAUUUGGCUGUGGGUUAUAUUUCAACAUUAACCUGGUCCUGACAAACUGUUUGAUGCGGUGACGAACCCUUAUUGCUGCCUUCCGGAUUCUGCGGCACAGCCAUAUUAUAUUAACAUGGUUAUUGAUUGUGCGCAGCCGGUGGCAUGUGUAUGAUGCCUUGUCUGUUGACAAAACGCUGCACUCGAGCAAAUGCAAAUGCAUGUCUGCUGCCCAUCUUAAUUGGAUGAUUGGUUGUCGAUUUGCAGAUAGUGCUUUGGUCGUGCCCUGUACAGUUACCCCCUCCCCCUCUGUAUCAUAUUAUCCCCUGUUAUUAUCCCCUCGGUUGGCUGAGCACCAAAGGUGCGUUUCUUGUGGUGGGUAUUUGGUUGUGGUUGUGUAGGUUUAGAUUACACCUUCAGUCUGCUGUCAGGCUCGUACGCUGUAUGUACAAUUGUUGUUUCGAUACCUUUGGAACUAAAUCAGGUUGUUGGACUGUUCUGAAACGUGUGUUGAUGUAGACACGUGCACUUGUUUGUUGGCUGUCGUUUAUCCAGAUUUGUCGAGGAAAACCUUAUACUUCUUUCAAGAUUUUGUUGAUUUGGGUUGGUGGUGUGCGAAAGUAAGAACUGCGACGUAUGUAACGGAUAUGGUGUA